CGACAGCUUAUUUUUUAGUCCGCCGAGAUUGGUCGACGCUGACAUUGUUCCCGCGUUAUAACAGGGUAGGAGGGGUAAGGAGUGGCGACAACGUGAAAGAUGGGUUCGUUCUACGUAAAGACCGUCCACAUUCAUUAAUACAAUGACAGUUUAAUACAGGCCCUGAGUAACUCGCCGGGUAGAUAUUUGAACGCACACCCGGAGCUAUGACAGAAACUCGAUAACAGCGAGUCAUUCAUAACGGGAGCUGCUUCUGUGGGAAUAUUCAUACAAGGAUUACACCUGAGCAUAGUGGGCGGCCUUAGCGUUUCCUCUACAGAGAGCGGCUGACAGUUGUGCGACGGUGGAACAUACGACACUACCUUCUUCACGACUGAUUACAGGUGUGUGAGUGAAAAGGACCCCGCCAUGGAUUAAAUACUGGGGAAAAGACAGGUGGACAUUGUGAUUGUGGACAGUUUGAAGAGAAAUGUUCAGAUAGCGGAGGGAGAACCGAGAGAGUCGUCAUCAUGAGAAUGAUAAGGUCAAUGGUGACAUUUGCCAAGGUGUCACUCUUCUUCCUCAACCUGUACGUGGCUGCUGUUGUCCUGGUGGUUGUUAUGGGGCAUUGGCGUAUAUUCGAGUCCCAGGACCCCAACAGGCGGUAUGACGAUUCCCAUCUGAUCGUCAUGAGGGAGCUGAAGGAAGAAGAUGGGAGGAAGCCAGGUGAGGACACGGCAUUUCUCAGCAACUCUAGCAACCAGGUAGAUUCUCGGACAAACAUUCGAAAUGGGAUGACAACUCUGAGCCCAUUUCUCAAGGAGCGAGAUGACCGAGUACAGACUAUGACGCACUGGUGUAGCAAGCUCAAGCCUCGAGCUCCUGACCCGUCCACCAUCACAGAGGACAAACUCGGCCAAAUGCUCGUGGACGACAAACACAAGUUUCUGUACUGUCAGAUUCCGGGUGUAGCUCAGACCGACUGGAGGCGAAUCUUGGUGUUUCUUACAGGACAGGUCAAGGUCGCAUCUCACCUGAAAAUAUCAGGGUCAGACGUUCAUUCAAAAUAUGGAAAAUAUUUGAAAAAAUUAAGUGAUUUUCCACCAGCGGAGCGGAAAAAGAGGAUUCAGAAUUAUUUCAAAGUGAUGUUUGUACGAGAACCGAUGGAGCGGUUAGUCUCCUCCUACAAGAGUAAGUUCGAGGCAAAAUACAGCAAAUAUUUUCACCAAUCGUUUGGGCGGAAGAUUGUGAAGAAGUACCGGAAGAAGCCGACGAAAGAGUCUCUCCAGAAAGGAAGUGACGUCACGUUUAGCGAGUUCAUUCAGUUCGUGAUAGACUCGGAACAUUCGGAGGAGAAUCUCAAUGAGCAUUGGCAGCAGUACUACAAGCAGUGCCACCCGUGCCUCGUCUCCUACGACUUCAUCGGCAAAUACGAGACUCUCAACGACGACGUGAACCAUGUCCUCGAGAAAAUAAACGCUGCCCAAAAAAUCAAAGGUCCUCUUGGAACGUCUAACUUUACAUAUCAGGAGAAACUUCUGAAGACAAUGUACAAGUCAGUGUCACCCAAAAAUCUACAAAGACUGUGGAAGAUCUAUUACCCCGAUUACAACUUGUUCAGCUACCCGUACCCGUCUGUGUUGGACAACCUUCUAGACUUCCAGGGUAUACCAUGAGACCGUUCUGAGAAAUGUUUGUAACUGGGCAACGAAUGCAAGCAGUUUGUGUGACUCUGCACCCAAUCUCUGAUGGAUACAAUGCUACUGCUUCAAAAUGCCGUUUCAUGAUUGAGGUUGUGUAUGCAAGACAAAACACACGGGGUUAUUAGUUAAUACUAAAUGUCUUCGUUGAGUUACACACGCCGAGAUGUGUCAUGGAUGAAACUGUGCAUGCAAGACAACGCCGGGUAACUGGUUAACUCACUAAAUGUCAACGCUAGGAAAUAUUAUGGAUGCAAGACACGGAGAUUUGUCGCAACUCUCCACUAUACAUUGCUUAAUGCUCAAGUUUUUCUCCCGGUACUGUUGUCUUGAAGGUUGAGUAUGUUCGGUGAACGUAACUCAUGUGUUGUGGCAUCCGUGAUAUACUUCUUCCAGAUCUCAGAUGUAUACCAGUGUACGCGUGAUUCAGUAUUGUAGACGGAUGUACUCUGCAUGCGUAUUAAGCUGUGAAUGUAGCAGAAUGUGUUUCGAGUGAGUCUGUCCGUGUGUCGGGUAGAGCUUGUCGAGGGAGCCUGUAAUUAAAUACUCUGCGGUUGUACUAUUGCAAUUAUCCUUAGUGUUUCUCAAAACAACAACAAAGACUUGGAGAUGAUAACCCGAAAUAGUGCAGCCAUUUUGUCUUCGAACCUAUCCAAGAAUGUUAUUGGACAUCAUGAGACAACGCAGGUGGAUGGUGCGAUGAUCGUAACAAACCACACGGCAUUGUUGCCAUCUUCUGACUGACACUGCUCAUGUAUGUGUUAUUUGCAUUCAGACUCAUUGGUCUCAUUUGUACAGCUUAUUUAUAGAUAUACACAUGCCUGGUGCAUUUGUACAAAUUGUAUAUACUUAGAACGUGGGAGCUUUUAGAGGAUACCUACCACCAGCAUUGGAUAUAACGAAACAAGGAGCUUUGCAAUCACAUCAACAUGAAAAAUAGGCUGUUGCGAUGAACACAUUCAUUACAUCUCAUAUAUUGGGGUUGGAUUUCGACUGUUUAUAGCAGUCCAGCACUAUCACGGCUGGAUAGGCUUCACACGUUGUACCCGGAAUCGAACUCGGAGUUUCGGCAUGGCGAGCCACCACCACGACCAGACUUAUGGGGAAGAGUUACAAUAAUAGUCAGGAUUAGUCCAGUUUCACAUCACACAUGCUCAAAGUGCAUGACAUGGUAUGACUCAGUAGGCUGACCUAUAUGAUUUCUCUUUGUUGUUGGCGAAACUUUAGUGUAUGGCGUAUAUAAGUAAUCGUAACCGUGAAAUGUUGGCGGGAUUCCGCCGCAAACUUUGUUUGUUGUUUAACGCCGCACUCAGCAAUAUUCCAGCUAUAUGACGGCUGUCUGUAAAUAAUCGAGUCUGGAACAGACAAUCCAAUGAUUGACAUAAUCAGGGACCUAUAUGCAUGUAAGUUGCAUCUUCAUCGGCCCCGAGAUUCACCGUGUAGACGUCGAAGUCCUGAAUUUCCCCACGUCAAGCCGCCACGCCGUGAUAACAGAACUGAAAUGUUGUUCGAAGCGGCGUUAAACACAAACCUCACUCACUAACUCAUCUGACUUAAUAUACAAGCCAAACUGUUUCGUGAUAGCCAAAUGUUCGUUAUAUCCAAUACAACACGGGUUAUCAGCUGUGAUUUUAAAGUGCACAUCAGUCAACGAUACUGCACUGUGGGUGACCUAUAUCAACCAAAGAAUGGGAAACAUAACAUUAUCAAAUGAUGUACUAGUCGCUAUUGUAGGUUAUGCAUGACGUAUACAUGAGGAGCCUAUGGCUGUAGCUCACCUGAAUUUGCUCACGCGUUUAAAUAUGUAUUAUAGUGUGAUGACGUUUAAAUCUUGUGACGUCACAAUUCAGACUUUAUGUAUAUAUUCUGUGUCAUUAAACAUUGUUUUAGAAAAAACAAAUAACAUGCGCACAUUCAUCGACUGAAACGUGUACGUUUUGAUUAUGAUUGUAACUAUAGCUAAGGCAAUUGAGUCCCGACUAGAUUGCCUGAGCGCCCACCAUCUGUAAAUAUUGUUUCAGUGAUCAUAUCGUGGCUCGUUUGUCCAGAAACUCGUAAAUAUGGACUGGAUGUUCCAGUUUAACGAGUUUCGACUAUUCCACACACACACACACACACACACACACACACACACGCACACACACACACACACACACACUAUACAGACUGGAAGUCAUGAUCUGGCACUAGACUGCGAGCAGGUGCCGUGCUGAAAGCACCCGUGGAUCGCAGUAAUAUUGUAUUGUCUUCUUCCCUUGAAAUCACGUUGUCAAUCUAAUCAGCUCACGGUUGGACAUCCUUCGUUAAUAAUCGUUAACGAUCGGAAACCUCCGUCCGUUCCGUCAAGCACAUCUAUGACUUGCCGUUCUGUUUGAACACUCGCUACCAUUCAGCCUUGUGAUCAAAUUGUAGUUCUGAAGGCAGCAAGACGAGUUAUGGACACAAAGACAACUUGAGCCUGUAUUUGCGACUUCCAUUGUAGAGCUUAGAGUUCAGUCAUACCGUCCAUUGGUGUUAUCUUUGUUCAUGUUUAGUUCUGAAGGAAAUAUUAUGUGUUAAUGUCACGUGACCCUGUCUGUGUUUAUGUUCGUGUGAGUACAUAAUUUAUCAACUGGGCGCUGUCUUCACGAAAUGGGUUUCAACAAACAUGUGAAGACGCUGGAUUGACAUGGCUUGUCCUGUUCUUCAUGAUUAUUAAGUGACGAAAUAUUGAAUAGGGUAAAUAGUUAUAUUGGAAAUUAAUUCAACACAUUGUAACUUUCGUGCAUAGUAGUAGUUUCACUUUAAACCAUCCGCAGUUAGUACAUGGGAAAGACGCAACUUGUACAAACCCUCGUUAUCUCGAACUCUUUCAUCUCGAUGUAUCGAAUUAGGCGAUGUAUCGAAUUAGUCCCGGCAGAAUCUGUAUAAGUAUUGUCUGAUCUCGGCAUUUCUCUUGUCCCGAACAGCAGACAACUCGAUUGUUUUAUGGUCCCCCAGACUUCGAGAUAGCGAAGAAGCCGUCUUUUCCUUAACGUUAUGACGUAGAGAAUUUGUAUGGAGUCAUGUUGGCACUUUAAGGCUCUUACUAUCAAGAAAAACCCUGUAUUGUCUCUUUUGUGUUGAUGUUUUGUGCAUCAGGUUGUUUUGUUGUUUGUACAUUGACCUCAUCGCUGGAGAUGUUGUUCACUGACAUAGUUCAUCUGUUGAUUUCUUGACAUGCGCAGUAUGUAUCAUCUGGGGGAAUGGACUCCAAUUGAAAUACAUUUGUACAUUGCAGCGGGAAAGUAAAGGUUUUUUAACUA